AUGGCCGAAGUGGGCAUCGACCGCUCCAAGCUGCCCGGCGUGAAGGAAGGUGAGCCGGGCGGGCGGGAAGGAGGCGGCCCGGGGGCCUCGCCCUCCCGGCUGGACGGAAGGAGCCCCACGCCGCAUGGGCUUCCUUUGGGGCGGCAGCCACCACCAAGCCCGUGGUGCGUGGCCGGCCGGGGGAGGCAGCCGGGGGAGGCGGCGGCGCUUGGGUCGGACUUUCGGCUUCUCUCGGCCCGGGAGGGUCCGGAGGCCCAGCGGGGAAGGGCCGGGCCGGGCCGGGCCGAGCCGCCUGAGCGCCGGCCCCGCUUCAACAGCCGGGAAAAGCGGGGCGAGGGGGCCCGCGGGAACUUAGAACGGCAGGACUGCGAGAUCGCCCAGGAAAUCCAGGUCAAACUGGUCAUCGAAGCCGAAGAGCAACGACGCCAGGAAGAGGAUGAUGAGGACAUCGCGUGGAUUCUGCAGCAGAAGGAGCUCCAGGAGGAGAAGAGGAGGAAGAAGCCUCCGCCGGAUCCCUCACGCUUGGCCGCUUCCGAGGAAGGUCCCUCCCUGGAGACCAGAGACCGCUUGUCCGGGACCCCCUGGGAACCGGGGCCCAAAGAUGGGGGGCAGCCCCCCCAAACCAGGGACCCUUGGAGGGGCCCCCCGCUGAUUCCCGAGGGUCUCGACCUGGAGACUUGGGAAAGUGGCUCCGAAACAAGGAGGAGGAGGAAGGAGCGAGAGAAGCGGCGGGAGAGGAAGAAGGACGGGCACGAGAGGCCUCCCCAUCCCAGGGGCCCCCCAGAUGUGGAGGAGGAAGAGGAAGAGGAACCCCACGACAGAGCCCGCGGUCGCCCCAACCGGAGCCAGGACAAAACCCGGGGCCCCUUUCUGCUGGCUGUGGAUGCAGAACCGCCGCGGGCCGGUCGGGGGACCAGGGAUACGAAGAGGCCUCGGAGCCACGAGAGACCCCCAAGGACGCCCCCUCUUCCUUCUCCUACGGACCGGGAAGAGGAGUGGAGAAGCGGGCCCGGCGCCCGUAGGAAAGGGGAACGGGGCCCGACGCCCGACGGGCGAGAAAGGCAAGCGGACCAACGGUACGGCCGAAGCCCAUCCCCCAAUCCGGACCGUGGUGGGCGGACGGAGGAGCGCGGUCGGACGCUACCCUCCGGAAUCGGCCCAGGAGGGAGGAUGGAGAAAGGGAGCCCCGGGGGCCACGGGCCUCCCCCACCUCCCACAGCAGGGGGGGGGGAAGCCAGGCGCCCCUGGAAUCCAGGGACAAAACCCCGGGCGGGAUCGAAAGAAGACUCUCGCGCCAGACCACGAUUGGGGGCUUCCCAGGACCCCGAAGCCUACGAUGCCGAGAUUGCCUGGAAGUUGCAGGAGGAGGAGCUGCUGGCCAGCCAGGUGGACCGGAGGGCGGCGCAAGUGGCUCAGGAUGAGGAAAUCGCUCGCCUUCUGAUGGCGGAGGAGAAGAAAGCGUACAAAAAGGCGAAGGAACGGGAGAAGAAGAGGCUGGACCCCGACUGGAAGCAGGAUCCCGCUGAGUCGGUGUGCGGACGGCCAAGGGAAGGACAUGACCCUCACCGAGGCAGGAGCGAGAAGCCUACACGAGCUGCUCCCUCGUCGACCAAGGAGUUGGAUCCCCCGCCUGGCCUUACCAAUCAGCAUAACAUAGCCAAAUCGGAGCCGGCUCAUAAAGGUCACCCCUACAAGCAGUAGGAGGAAAAACCUCCCUAGUGUAUUUUUUAUUUUUUUCCAUAGAUAACUGACUUUCCAUGUAGCCGGCUUUAUCGCACCUCUUCCAAGCGCUCUCCUGGCUCCCCUUCGCCUCCACGGAGACCAUCCUCCCCAGCAGGAGAACGUCCACAAACCGUGCCUCUUCUUCCUUCAGCCUGUUGUAGGGCGAUGCUCUCCUCGUCUCUGACCUCUCUUUCUCUCUCUCUCUCUCUCUCUCUCUCUCUCUGCCAGGCUGGGCACUUAAAGUCCAGCCUUCGGGGCCAUUUUCACCCCAAGAAUCUCUUUUUCGAGCUUCCAAGACCCGGCUUGGCGUCCCGUCGUUUUCCAUCGGCCGAGCACAAGGGUAGGAUGUGACCCGAUGGGACAGCAGGUCAGGGCGGAUGAAUGAGACAGCCGGGAAGGGGGUAGCCUUCACUGUCAUGCCGCUUCCCUGGGAGAGGUGGUCAGGUGGCUGGGACCAAGCCAGAGGCGGGUUCUGUGGUCAGAACGGCUCCGUCUUUCUUCUGGAGUGGACCAACCUCAACCUUCUGGAGAUGUUUCUCCUCCCCCCGCAAGCGUAUGUCUUUCUUUCUUUCUCCUGCAAUUCUGAGCACUAGUUCUUCUCUCGAGAGAGAGAGGAGAGGGAGAGAGAGACAUAUCCGUGUCCUUUUCUGGGAAAGAAAAAUGGGGUUUUUCCCCCCUGUUCCUCCCUCCACCCACUCCAGGAAACACCGGGUCGUUUUAGGAUGGACCCAACAGUUUUGUACAUUUUUAGGUUUUAGCCCUUUCUUUGUUUUCCCAACUUUUCCUGAAGGACAGAAGAAGUCCUGCCUGAAUCAACACCAGAUGACUUCUUCAGUGGUUUAUUUUUGUUUUUGUUUUUAAAUUUCCAUCAACUCUCAAAUACAUUUCAUCAGAAACACCAUUUGGGAUCAAUAAUGGAUUACUCAGGUCCGUUUCGUUUGGUUUUGUUUUAAGCUUAGCUUUGAACAGAGAAGGAGCACCGAAUUAAAACCUUUCACCCUUAAAAUGCUGCAAAUGAGGUCAGGGAGGCUCUCAGCCAAUUUUUCUCCCCCUUUAAAGGCUUCAUCUGGCACCCUGAAUUUGGGCUGUUCGGGUUUAAGAAUCUUUUACGGGUCUUGCAA